AUGGAGAUGGAGAUGUCGUCGAGGGGCAACAACGGCGGCGGCGGAGGAGGAGGAGGAGGGGAGUUAGGAGGGCUGAAGAAGGGGCCGUGGACGCAGGCGGAGGACACGGUGCUGCUGGAGCACGUCCGCCGGCACGGCGAGGGCAACUGGAACGCGGUGCGGCGUGAGGCCGGGCUGCAGCGGUGCGGCAAGAGCUGCCGCCUCCGCUGGGCCAACCACCUCCGGCCCAACCUCCGCAAGGGCCCAUUCUCCCCUGACGAGGAGCGCCUCAUCCUCCGCCUCCACGGCCUCAUCGGCAACAAAUGGGCCCGCAUCUCCUCCCACCUGCCGGGGAGGACGGACAACGAGGUGAAGAACUACUGGAACACGCGGCUCAAGCGGCGGCAGCGCGCCGGGCAGCCCAUGUACCCGCCGGACGUCGAGCGGGAGAUCGCGCUCUUCCGCGCCCACAACCUCAACCCCUUCGCCCCCGCCCCCGCCGCCCGCGCCGCCCGCCCGGCGCCGUUGGUCCUGCAGGACGGGAGGAACUCGUUCGCGCUGCCGCCGAAAGUGCCGUCGCCCUCCUCUGCCUCUGCCUCCGCUCACUCGCCGCUCAUCAACCAGAGCUACCCGCUCCUCAACCAAAUCCAACAGCAGCAGCAUCACCAUGGAAACCACCAUCAUGCUCACCACCACCCGGUGCUCCAUCAUCAUGGCGGCGGCGGGUUCAGGGCGGCGGCGGGGCUCCCGCCAUUGCCGGCCAGAGCUCGCGAGGUCCUCCACCCUUCGAACCAGUUUCACGCGGCGGCGGACGACGGCGGCGACGGCCUGAGCCUGGGCCUGCUCGAGGCGAUGCUGCUCGGCGAAGAGAACCUCACCCACCACCACCGCCAGACCUCGUCGCAGUACUCACCCGCUCCGGGAAACCAGGACCCGCUCCAUGGCGGGAAAUGGGACUUCCUCUUUGAUGACAUGAAGGCAGAGACGGGGAGGACGGCGAACGCGGCGGUGGAGGAGAUGCCAGCAAGCAUGUUCGUCGGACCGGUUUCCAGGGAUCAGUGGCUGCAGGGCACCGGUGGCGGGUCGCCGGGGCCAUCGUCGGUCGUCACCACGGACGACGAGUUCGGCGGCCUCGACGUGCAGCGCCUCAUGUCGUCGCUGCCUCUGUCGACCGGCGAGCUCAACUGGAACGCCUAGUUUCGAAAAAAAAAAGGAUCGAAAACACUAAAAAAACAAACAAACAAGAAACAAAAAAGCAUAGGGAUGGUGUUUUACUUCUGCGAGGGCAGCCUACGCGCGCCUUCUUCUUUUCUUAACGAGCCAUGUUUUAUGUUUGCGACGACAGCUCCUGUGACCGAUUGUUCAAAGUAUUACAGGUGUUUUCGUAUGUGUGUGUUUUGCUCGAUUGGAGAACACGGGCAGCUAGUUGCCCAA